AGCCCCCAGCAAUGCCCCUGCCCUGGGCCUGAGGACGGCCAUGGAGCUGAGAGUCCUCCUGCUGCUGCUGCUCUGCUUCCCAGGUCUCCAUGCUCAAAAAACCGUUGCUGAGGAAAGCCGACCAGAAGGAAGCACUUUCUCUCUGCAGUGUCCUUACACAGCACAGGUUGGCCGCCAGAACCAGAAAGCCUGGUGCCGCGACAGAGAGGGACAGUGUGAGAUCGUAGUGCAGACAACCAAUCCAACACGAGAUUGGUACCCAAAACAGGCUACAAAUGGGAAAGUUACAAUAGAGGACAACCCCAAACUUAGGAUGGUGUCCAUCAGCAUGACUAAUCUCCAGGCAGAAGACUCGGGCACAUACUACUGUGCUUACAUAACAGAAGUUCCUUGGUAUCAACCACUAAAGACCAUCAUGCUCCAGGUUUACAAGGAGGUGCAGAAGGACGAGCUGGACAGUCUCUCUGUGCCAAUCAAAUACGACAACUUAGUGUCCAGCAUGGAUAGAAUAACCUGGUGUCGAAGAGAAGGUGAGACUGAGUGUGUUCCCUUGGUGACGAGACAGCUCUAUGAAAUACGGCGUAACAGCAGAGUCACGGAAGACAGAGUCUGGAUCCAGGAUGACUACUGGGAAAGGACUGUCACCAUCACCAUGCAGAAGCUGCAGGCUCAGGACACUGGUGUCUACUUGUUUGCACUCUACAGAGCCUCUCAUUACUUCACAAACCUGGAGGUCAGGCUGUCUGUGUCCAAGAGGACACAACAACACACAGCCAAGGAGUUGGGCAGUGUCUCUGUUCAGUGUCCAUACAGCGCCCCCGACUAUGGGGCUCUGAGCAAAGCCUGGUGCAAAGUGGGAGACAGGGAAACAUGCACCACACUGAUCUCCACGGAUUCAAGGCCCUCAAGGAAUCGCCAGAAACCUCAGCAAGGCAGAGUCAUGAUCUGGGAUGACACCCAGCAGGGGAUUGUCACCAUCACCAUGGAGAAGCUGCAGGCACACGACUCUGGCAUGUACUGGUGUGUGCUCAAUGAUCCACGUCGUGUUUUCCGAAUGGUAGAAGUUACACUCAGUGUUUUGAAGGAAGUGCCAGGAACAAUUUUGCCAGAUACUGCAGGCACAAGUCACACAACCCCUACUGCCAGCACCUCAGCACCAAGCUUCAGCUCUAAUGUAAACACCUUCAUCCUACUCUCUGUGGUCCUGAGCCUCCUGUUCAUCCUGGUACUCAUCAGCCUGAUAACACUGUGUGUCAGGCGGUACAAGCAGCUAAAGAGAAGAGGUACCAGACAAGCAGAGGACAUCUAUGACAUACCAGAGGACACAGCACAGCUUGGCAGCACUGAAAGAAUGGAAAGUCCCAAGGUUGACAGUAAAGACCUAGACUAUGUUACCCUGAACUUUAAAUCCCGACUGAGCCCUGAGGAUCCUGUCUACUGCAAUGUUGAAUCAAGUCAGACUCACAGGAAACCUAAAGAUGAAAAUGUGGAAUAUGCUACCAUUGCACUCAAGGAGUUACCAACAAAUAACAAAGUAUAAAGCACAGAAUCCCCAAACAAUCCAGAAAUGGCAGAAAAGAGCUGGAAUACAAAGUGAGAAUGAGGAGUAGAAGGUGUGUAGAUGGACACUGGGGAAAGAUCUAAGUUUUUGCUGCCAUGUAUAUGUUGCCUAUGCAUUUUAAGACCUCCCUCCUAUUAGAAACCAGCAGAGAAUUUUGCCACAAGCGUGCAGAUUCAAUCAGGCCAGACAGAGGUGCUGGGUGUUUCUCAGGAUCCCUUGCACAUCUGCCUUCUUCAGUCCCAUUAAAAUGCAGACUCUUUUGGAGAGGCAGGUGUGAAGGACCGACAAUUUGAAAAAGAGCAAGAUUUGUCUGGCCAUGGGUGGGUUUGGUAUUUCAGCUCUUUUCACUGGUAGAAACUCUAUCCCACUUCUCCACUUCUAAGGGUUCAGCUAUUAUGGCCAAGCAAACUCAUUCCAGUGCUGUAAGGAUAAAACUCUAACAUUGCUGCAAACAUGUUCACUUGCCAUGUAAUGAAUGGCGAAACUGAGCACUGGGUUAUAGGAAAAAGCAGAACCAGCAUCUGCCUGAAGGCAAAUAUCUUGGGGGUGGGUAUUGCAACAGGAUGAUAUGCUGCUUUGCAAACUGAGGACUGUGCUGCAUGAACCUGAGCACCAGAAGGUCAUGUAGAUAUGAAAUGACAAGGAUGCUUAGAAGUUAUACAUACACAUUUUUAGACUUAAUGCUAAUUCUACUAUAACUGAAAUGUAUCCAUCUGCUUAGGUAAGAAGUAAGAGCG